UUAUCGAGUGGCAAGGAACAAAGUAGCUAUCUCUGUCCAGUUGUUCAGGAAAAAAAGAUAGCCUUGUUCCCAUGGUUCGUCCACAGUUGCUGCUGCUAUAGCUACUACCACCAAAAUACGCAACAUGGCAACCACUCUCUCCUAUGCCUGCCCUAGCACCACCACCAGCAAGAGGUUCUUGAUAACAAGCACUGGCCAACAGUCACAACCAUGCUCCUCUUCAGCCUGCUAUCAAGGGGCAUUGCAUUCUUAUGGUCUGCAGAAGCAACAAGUACAAUUAAAUAGCAUAUCGAAGGCUAUGAGAACGAAAAGACUUGGAUCAGUUGGAAGACAAAAGAAAGGAGCAGUUAGAUGUAACAUUGAACUUCAGGACUUCAUUGGUGGAGAUCUCAUUAAACUUGAUUUAGGUCAAUGGUUAUCAGAUGUUGAAGAACACAAAGCCUUGGCAAUUUACUCUCCUCAUGAAGGGGGUUAUGAAGGACGCUACCUUACACGUCUUAAGUACCAGGGAUAUCAUUUCUUGGACCUUUCUGCACGAGGGCUCGGUGACCCUGAAACCACUCUUACUAAGUUCCACCCUGUUUGCCCUGCUCAUGUCGGGAAGCAACCAAUAGCUAGAUGGUAUUUUCCUCCAGAAGUUGAUUAUAGACUUUCUCUACUUCCUCCGGAUGCCAAAGGAUUAGUGGUUUGGAUAAUAGAAGCAAAGGUAUUAUCAAAGGCAGAGCUGCAAUUUCUUGCUUUACUUCCGACACUUCGUCCUAAUGUGAAGGUCAUUGCAGAGUGUGGUAACUGGAGAAAGUUCAUGUGGAAGCCACUCAAGGAAAUUGCAGGGUUAUCUUAGUCAUAGGAGGAAUAAGUCCACAAUAUUGGAACUUGACACUGUAAAAUAAGCAUUGCUUUAGUGACACUAUUAAAUAGGCAUUUGCUUGAGGUUCUAAUUGUGGAUUAUUGUAUGCUUCAAUGCCAUACAUCAAUGUAUAUGAAGUUAGAGCAAAGUUUUCA